AUGGAAGUGCAAUUAACCUUUCGCAGCGAAAUCGACCUCAAACCUAAAUCCGAAGAUGCUGGGACACUCAAGAUUUGCGUAAGUCUGUCGGGCACAUCACUAGAUCGUGAAAAUCUAUAUCUCUCGUACGAUGACUUCGAAAGCGUUGAAUCCACCUUCCCUAAUGACUUGAAAGAACUGAAUGAAUGGUUGUUCUUAGCAGGGCUCACCCACCAAGAUGUUGACAUUGCUAACCGUAAGCUCACUGAACGUAUCUAUCAUAAUUUGAUUUCCAUAGUAGACUUUCCAGUUUCUGCUACGUUAGUGUACAUGUACUGUAAGGUCAUCCAUCCUCCUAGGAAUGACGAGGCCGUUCAAGCUGAGACCAAUAACAUCCGGUUAGUUAAACCGGCAAGUAAGCUUUCGGUUGGUCGUUUGGCAAGGAAAAUAUGUAAGAAGAAUAAGAAGAAGACGUCCAACUCUGAUGACAACAUGUGCUCAAUUUUUUUGGAGGGGUUUGAAAAGGGAGAAAUAGUCGUGACCUUACCUUGUGGACACGAGUUUGACGAUAGUUGCAUUGUGAAGUGGUUUAGGAUUUAUCAUGUUUGUCCAUUGUGUCGAUUCGAGUUGCCAUGUAAAGAGAUGACUAAUUAA